CCCCGCAGUUUUAUCUACCGCACAGUCACAGUGCACGUCUUUUCAACUCGGCCGCCUACCUCACAUCAACGCCGUCAUGCCUCAACAAUUGAGCUCCAAGGAUGCGUCCUUGUUUCGACAAGUGGUCCGUCUUUAUGAGAACAAGCAAUACAAGAAGGGUAUCAAAAUAGCGGACCAAAUUCUCCGAAAGAAUCCUAAUCAUGGUGAUACACAGGCCAUGAAAGCUCUGAUAAUGAGCAACCUAGGACAGCAAGAAGAGGCGUUUGCGCUGGCCAAGGAGGCUCUUAGGAACGACAUGAAAUCGCAUGUCUGCUGGCAUGUAUACGGAUUGCUGUACCGCGCGGAAAAGAACUACGAGGAGGCUAUCAAGGCAUAUCGUUUUGCGCUCAGGAUAGAACCGGAAUCGGCGCCCAUUCAGCGUGACCUUGCCCUCCUUCAGAUGCAGAUGCGGGAUUACCAGGGAUACAUCCAAAGUAGAAGCGCUAUGCUUCAAGCCCGACCCGGGUUCCGAUUGAACUGGACGGCUUUAGCUAUUGCCCAUCACCUCUCGGGGAACCUGGAAGAGGCGGAGAAGGUGUUGACGACGUACGAAGAGACCCUUAAGAGUCCACCACCCAUCUCAGACAUGGAACAUUCCGAGGCCACAUUGUACAAGAACUCGAUCAUCGCUGAAUCUGGUGAUUAUGAGAGAGCGUUGAACCAUCUGAUGGAGGUUGGACACAGGAUCAGUGAUGUGCUUGCGGUUAUGGAGAUGAAGGCAGACUAUCUCUUGCGCUUGGACCGGAAGGCAGAUGCUGAAGCAGCUUACGCGGCCCUUAUUGACCGGAACCCUGAUAAUUCAUUUUAUUAUGAUGGGUUGAUAAAGGCAAAAGGGAUUGCUGAGAGCGACCACAAGGCGUUGAAGGAUGUGUUCGACCACUGGGUAGAGAAGUACCCCCGAAGCGAUGCUCCACGGAGAAUUCCUCUCGACUUUCUAGAAGGCGAUGAAUUUAAACAAGCCGCAGACUCAUACUUGCGCCGCAUGCUCAAAAGAGGAGUCCCUUCCCUAUUCGCAAACAUCAAGACACUUUAUGGUAAUCCGGCUAAGCGCGAUGUUGUGGAGGAAUUGGUGGAAGGCUACAUCUCUGGGGAUAACUCGCAGUCAGAUGGUUCCGCAGAGAAACAAGCCAAUGGCGAAGAUGAUAUUCAGUUCAAGUCUUCCACAUUUUAUUUCCUUGCACAACACUACAAUUACCACCUGAGCCGCAACUUGCCUAAGGCCAUGGAGUACGUCGACAAGGCCAUUGAGUUGUCCCCGAAAGCUGUGGAGUAUCAGAUGACAAAAGCAAGGGUAUGGAAACACUACGGGAACCCCAAGAAAGCAGCUGAAGAGAUGGAGAAAGCAAGGCUCUUGGACGAGAAGGAUCGCUAUAUCAACUCCAAGGCUGCCAAGUAUCAGCUUCGGAACGACGAGAAUGAGAAGGCGCUCGAUAAUAUGAGCAAGUUCACGCGGAAUGAGACUGUUGGGGGAGCACUUGGUGACCUUCAUGAAAUGCAAUGUGUAUGGUACCUGACUGAGGACGGCGAGUCUUACCUGCGACAGAGAAAGCUCGGUCUUGCACUCAAACGUUUCCAUGGUGUGCAUCAAAUCUUCGAUGUCUGGCAAGAAGAUCAGUUUGAUUUCCAUAGCUUCUCCCUACGGAAAGGUAUGAUUAGAGCAUACGUUGACAUGGUUCGUUGGGAAGAUCGCUUGCGUGAACAUCCUUUUUACACUAGGAUGGCUCUCUCUGCUAUCAAAGCGUAUCUGCUCCUCCAUGACCAACCGGAUUUAGUACACGGACCCAUCAUCGGUGGCGCCAAUGGCACUGGUAGUGAAGACAGCGCCGAACGAAAGAAGGCGCUUAAAAAGGCCAAGAAGGAGCAGCAACGGCUGGAGAAGGCCGAGGCGGAAAAGAGGGAGGCAAGGAAAGCAGCAGCUACUUCAAAGAAUGUCGAUGGUGAAGUGAAGAAAGAAGACCCGGAUCCUCUGGGCAACGAGCUUGUCCAGACGCAGGAGCCGCUCAAGGCAGCGAUGAAGUUCUUGGCUCCUUUACUGGAAUUCAGCCCUCAAAACAUCGAAGCUCAAGGCCUCGGCUUCGAGAUCUAUCUCCGACGAGCCAAGUACGCCCUUGCACUUAAAUGUCUUUCUGCUGCGCACUCAAUCGAUCCCACAAACCCCACGCUCCACGUUCAGCUCCUUCGGUUCCGAAAAGCCCUCGACAGUAUCUCUGAACCUCUCCCUCCUCCCGUAGCAGGGGUUGUCAACAGCGAGUUUGAGCUUCUGCUUGCGAAGACCCAAAACCUCGAACAAUGGAAUGAUUCUUUCCUCGCUGCCCACAAGGAUAGCGUCGCGCAUGUGCAGUCCGCCUUGGACUGUCGACAGCUCCUGAAACCCGAUUCCAAAGCACAAUGCGCGAAGGAUAUUUCAUCUACUCUUGACCUGGCUAACAUCACAAUCGAUGAGGCCGUGGCCGGUCUCAACCUCCUGAACCAGUGGGGAUGUGACGAGGCGGCGAAAACUGCUUAUAUCCAGAAAGCCAGUGCCAAGUGGCCCGAAGCAUCUGUCUUCUAAGCCCAAUUAAGGUUCUUUCUAGCAAAACAAGAGGUAAAUACUAAACUUUACUAUAUGACUGUGGGGCACACAUUGGAGGAUCUCCUUUCUACCAUAGUUUUUGUUUACCUAUUCGUUUCACUUUUUAUCUGGGAUAGAAUCUUUCCAAUUGAGGGUGAAAAAAAUGCAAAAUUCAUACGAG